AAGGAACCAAUAUUACUUCUCAAGUAGAUAGUUCAGAUAUAGGAAAGGUUACUUUCCAUGAAACAACUCAUAACCCACAAAAUUCACCAUAUGUAAUUGGCAAUUACCUUACACGUUGUCAAGAGCAAGAGUCUGCAUGGCUAUUUGUUUAUGACAUUAAGGCUGAAAAGAAAGUAACUGAUGAAAAUGUCUUGAAAAGAGUGUCGUUAUACAAUUGGUAA